AUGAGCGCCUCAUCAUACCCUACCACUGAGGAAACAACAAAUGUCAAUAGAAGAAACCGACUUUUACUAGGCCCCUGUACGGAUCAGUUACGAGAUGUCCUACGUCAGGAAGUUCCACCAAAUACAUUCUCUUUUAUUUUUAAGCAGAAAGAAAAAAAUAUUUCACAUCUGAAUGCUGCACAGAAAGCGCUUCUUUACCCAGUUAGUGGUUCAUACACCGGAAAAUACAACGAUAUGGACAUUUCGCUAUUAUACAUUCUUCUUAGGAAUAUAACCAAUAUUCCUCAACACAAAAAGAAAUGGGGUAAUGAGCCAGAUAUAAGUGACAGGUCUCUCUCUGCUAAUGUAGAGAGAAUACGUAUAGAAAGAAACAGUUGUGUUCAUUCGCCUGAUGCAUCAACUCCAAAUAUAAAAUUCAAUGAUUUCUGGUCCAAAAUAGAGAAUGUUGUUGCAGAGCUAGAUUCGUAUCUAGGAAAUGGAGGAAAAUGUAGAAAAGAGACAGAUUACUUACGAAGUGUAGAGAUGGAUCCCGCCCUCGAUUUAAAAAAUAGACAAGAAAUCAAGAGACAGGCCGAAGAAGAAAAAGAUAUUAAAGAAAAAGUAGAACAACUUGAAAAUACUCCAGAGAACAAAAAAAUGGAAAGACGUAUUGCAAUAACUGAAAGCAGUAUGAAGCAGUGGAAAAAGGAGGACGUUUCAUUUGUAGAAUCGCAUGCCUUUCCAGAUAUCAGGAACAAAGUAGACAAGCAACCAAUUGUGCUGGAGUAUUUCAAAGACAAUACAAGUUUUAAACCUUUGAUUAUGGAUACAUUGACAUUGAGUAAGAAAAAGGAACAAUUCAUUGAAAUCAUUGGCACCAAGAUGUCACCCAAAUUGAAAGAAAAGAGUUCUUACGCAUCUGGCUUCACACUCAUGACAGCGGCUUGUUUAUGCAGGAGUCUGCCAUUGGUGAAAGAGAUUUUAAAUGAUAUAGAAGAAAGACGGAACUUAUUUUAUCUUGACACAUGUGUAAAUAGUAGAAGCACAUUAUCUUUAAAUUCGAUUUAUGGAGACAAUAGAACGCCUUUAGAGGCAGCAAUUUUGUCCCGUGACACAUCAUUCGUAAAAGAAUUGAUUGAAAUUGGAGCUGAUGUAAAUUUUAGGUCACCAUUAUUUUAUGCCAUGAAAUUGAAUGCUUUGGAAAUAGAAAACGUUCUUCUGGAAAAUGGUGCAGGAAUUAGUGAAGUUUUAGAAAAAGGAUCACUGGAAGGAAACGAAAAUGUUGUGUUCAAACUAAUUAAUGGAAGGUGUAAAGAAAUUUUAGAAGAAAGAGGAAUAUUUCAAAGCAGUCUUGAUUUAGCUUUGUACAAAGCUUGUCAAGGUGAACAUUGUUCAAUUAUAGAGACCCUAAUAGAACACGGCGCCAGAAUAAAUGCAUCUUUUAAAGACGGCUGGACACCACUCCACAUUGCUAUAGGGAGGAACAAUGCUAUUUUAGCGGAAUGUCUCAUCAACAAGGGUUCAGACUGCAAGGCCAAGGAAUGUCUAUUAGAAAGAACGCCUUUACACCUUGCUUCCCAGAAACACCUUUUACCGACAGUGAAUCUAUUGUUAAAGAAAGGUACAAACUGCAAUGAGCGUGACGUUGAAAAAUGCACCCCACUUCACCUUGCUAUUGAUCCUCAUGACAAUAUCAAGAUUGACGUUAUAGAAGAAACUGAGGAUUUGCUCUUACUGAUACAAACACUUAUUGAUAAUAAUGCCAAUAUAGACAUAUGUGACGAAAAUCAGACCUCCCCGCUGCUAAGUGCAUGUAAAAAUCAAAUGUGGCUUGUUGCAGAACGACUGAUUACAAAUGGUCCGAUGUAA